UGUCAAACAUUACAGUGUGCAGAGCAUCCCUCCCCGCAUCAUCCAGCCAGAACACGUCUCGACCGGAGCCUCUGGAAGCCUCCCUCACACUUGUUUAAUAAUAAGAAGAGGAAGAAGAAGAAGAAGAGGAAGAAGAAGAAGAAGUGACACAGGCUCCUGGUGCGUCCUGCUGAGACACCAUGGGACCGUCGCGUUACGCGCUGUUUCUCCUCUGCUACCUCGCUCAGACCAAUGCAUUGACAACAUGUGGGACCAAGCAGUUCCAGUGUGGAAAUGGGAAAUGCAUCACAACCAGAUGGGUAUGUGAUGGCACGGAUGACUGUGGAGAUGGCACAGACGAACUUCCUGGAACCUGCAUGGCCAAAACGUGUAAACCGACAGAGUUCAGCUGUGCAGACCGCCUUAACCAAUGUGUACCGAGCACUUGGCGCUGCGAUGGAAAAGCUGACUGUGAGAAUGGAGCUGAUGAAGAGACCUGUGCACCAAAGCAGUGCACGAGCAAUGAGUUCCGCUGCAGCAGUGGCCAAUGUGUGUCGUCCUCCUUCGUGUGCGACGAUGAGGCGGACUGUGACGACGGCAGCGACGAGGCCUCCUGUCCACCCCUCACCUGCAGCUCCGCGUCCUUCCAGUGCAACAACACCGUUUGCGUCCCACGCCUGUGGGCUUGCGACGGUGAUGCCGACUGCUCCGAUGGCUCGGACGAGUGGCCCCAGAACUGUGGUACACAGAAACCUGAUGCCCCUGUGGCUCAUCACUGCUCAGCCCUGGAGUUCCGCUGUGGCAGUGGAGAGUGCAUCCAUGGAAGCUGGAAGUGUGAUGGAGGAGCUGACUGCCUUGAUCGAUCCGACGAAGCGGGCUGUGCUCACCCUACCUGCCGUCCUGAUGAGUUUGAAUGCGGUGAUGGCACUUGCAUCCAUGGAAGCCGCCAGUGCAACCACCAAUAUGACUGCAGGGACAUGAGUGAUGAGACUGGCUGCGUCAAUGCAACCCACUGUGAAGGCCCGACCAGGUUCAAAUGCCGGAGUGGGGAAUGUAUCAGCAUGGAGAAGGUGUGUGAUAAGCAGCGUGAUUGCAGGGAUUGGUCAGAUGAGCCUCUCAGGGAAUGUGGCUCCAAUGAGUGUCUGUACAACAAUGGCGGCUGCUCUCACAUUUGCAACGACCUGAAGAUUGGCUACGAGUGCCUGUGUCCUGCUGGGUAUCGGCUGGUUGAUACAAAACGCUGUGAAGAUAUUGAUGAGUGUGCCAACCCGGACACCUGCAGCCAGACCUGCAUCAACAUGAUAGGCAGCUACAAGUGCCAGUGUGAGGAGGGUUACCAAGUCGACCCGGCAACCAAAGCCUGCAAGGCCAUCGGUACAAUAGCCUACCUUUUCUUCACCAACCGUCAUGAAGUCAGGAAGAUGACUUUGGAUAAAAGUGAGUACACCAGAGUGAUCCCCCGUCUGAAGAACGCCGUGGCUCUCGACAUGAACAUGGCCACCAAAGAGAUCUACUGGUCAGACAUCUCCCAGAAGAAGAUCUACAGAGCUCAGAUGGACUCGGCUGAUGACUCCACUCGUCACAGUACGAUCAUGAGCAGCGACAUCGAUGCUCCUGAAGGCAUCGCUUUUGACUGGAUCCAUGGUAACCUGUACUGGACUGACAGCAUUCGCAGCACCAUCUCUGUGGUAACUGCAGAUGGGAGCCGUCGCAAAACGCUCUUCCACCAAGACUUAUCUAAACCCCGCGCCAUUGUGGUCGACCCCCACAGCAACUUCAUUUACUGGACAGACUGGGGGAAUCCUGCCAAAAUUGAAAAGGCAGGUCUGAACGGAGGAGACCGCACUGCUCUGGUCACCGACAACAUUGUUUGGCCUAACGGGAUCACACUUGACCUGUUGAACCAGCGGCUCUACUGGGUGGACUCUAAGCUACACACCCUCUCCAGUAUCGACGUGCAGGGCGGUGGUCGUCGCACCCUCAUCAUUGACGAGCACAGGCUGGCUCACCCUCUGGGGCUCACUGUGUUUGAGGAAAAAGUGUUCUGGACGGAUGUCAGCAACAACGCCAUCCUGAGUGCUAACAGGCUGACGGGUGGUGACAUCACACCAGUGGCGGAGCACCUAUCCUCACCAGAAGACAUUAUUCUUUACCAUAACCUCAAACAACCUGCCGGUAGAGACUGGUGCCAGGUAUCCGGAUGUCAGUUUAUGUGCCUGGCAGCUCCUCAAGUUGGAAGAUAUCCCCCCAAAUAUACCUGCGUCUGUCCAGAUAACAUGAUGCUAGCCAGGAAUAUGAGGACGUGUGUACCUGGUGUGCCAACAACUGCAGCUCCCGUGCAGCCGCAGGUUCCGGCCACCACCCCACCUCCUCAGCCACCAGCGCCCGCCAGCACCACACCUAAGCCCCAGAUCCGCACCACACCUAAACCACAGGCCCGCACCACCAAAGUGCCCGUCGUAAUCACCAGCACCGUGGCCAGGCCGGCGCCACGCACCACCAGGCCUCCUGUUAGGACCACCACACCUGAACCAAGGAUCCCGUCACCCCAGACUGUGAAGCCUGAAAUUCCCCAAACUACCACAGAGGCUCAAGUCACCACUCCAGAUUUCCGACACCCAUUCGCAGCUAUCCCCUCGACUGCCUCCACCACCCCGAUAGCUCUGUACAUUGUCGUACCUCUGGCAAUCGUUUGUCUGGUGGCUGUUGGUGGCAUGCUGCUAUGGAGGAACUACAGGAGAAAGAACACCAACACUAUUCACUUUGACAACCCCGUCUAUCAGAAAACCACCGAGGACCAGGUGCACAUUUGGAGGAGCCAUAGUCCUGAUGGUUACUCCUACCCAAAAAGACAAGUUGUCAGCUUGGAUGAAGAGGCGGACAAUCCAGCCUUCACGGAAAACUGAUGUCUGCAGGGCAGAGUGGAAAGAAGAGCCUCGAUGAUAAGCUACCUUGGACGUCCUUUUGUAUUUAUACCUCACACAGCACAAAGAUAUGGAAGUCAGAGCCAGUAUGGGACAAGCUUGAACCACUAUAUCCUCACAGACAAACAAGCGCUCUGCAGUGAAAAGACCAGGGUGAAACACUUUUCAGGUUGCAUGUUUUUUAACAAAUGACAGUUCCUCUGCUCCUCACCAGAUCAAACCAAAUCAUCGGACGAUGGAUUCCUCAUUCCUCAUAUUUUUUUCUUCGGUUAUCUUAACUGUGAUGCUGAUGAUGCAAUUGGAGGGCUGUGUCAUUGUUAAAGCCACAUAAUGUCUCAUAAUGUCAUCAUGAUUUUCAAUUCAAGUGAGCUCAUUUAUUACAACUUAUAAGAGCGCUGCAGGGAUGAGGCAUUUUUUUUUGUUUUGUUGCCAACACGAUAGAUAGCAUCGCCCCGGUUCCCUCCACAAAAAGCAGAUGGGAUUUUCCGUUGGAUUUUGGAUUACUGCAGAAUAUUAACUCCAGAUUUAUGAUACACAUUUUGUAGAGCAAGAUAAUGGUCACAAAUGAACACCAUCAUUCUGAAUUUUGAAGCUUAAUUACAAUCUGCGGAAGUAAAAAGCUAAUGUUAAACUAUUAACAAACUACACAACAGUAGCAGGACUUCAACAUCACAACCUCUAACAUUCCUUCUACCCUGUAUUAUACAGAAUUUGUUUUAAGUUGAUUGAUUUACAAGUUUACAAAAGUUUGAGAUAAAACAGAUUGCAAGUAAAGUGUGUGAGUAGAUGUAGUAGAUGUAGAUGAGUCUCUGCGUUAGGUGUGAUGAUGUCUGAUGUCCCCAACAACCUCCCUUGUUCAUUUAGCUGCUUGUAAGAAAAACAAGUUAAACCUUCAAAAUUAAUGAGCAGAGCAUUACCUGACAUAUCUUAUGUCAUAGAACAAAAUGACUGUUUCAAACAUCUAACCAUAAAACCAUUCUCAAAGAUUGUUGGCUUUGAGACGAGGGAACAGGAAGUGCAACAAUUCUAGUUUUGGGACUCAUUCCUGUAGAGCUCUGUUGCUGAUUUCCUCUAACUUGUUUAAGGUAGAAUUCACAAAUAAGUGUUGUAAAUAUCAUUGUUUAUUUUUAUUUUUUUUUAUUUUUGUUCAUGGGAGAAAAUCAAAUGUUAUUUGCUGUUUUGGCCACUCGUAUAUCUGAAGAAAAAGCCUACAUUUAGCAGCAGGUUAGCUGAGCUUAGCUUAGCUAAUCAUGCAACUCAAGCCCGAGGCAAAUGAGUAUAUUUCUGUGUGUUCGUUGGCAACAAGAAAAUCUGAACCUGGCGUUCAUUUUAAGACAAAAGCUAGAACUGACUUAAAUGUGAGCCCACAGUAGGUGAAUGUGAUGCUAAUGAGAAUUCUGCAUGUGCCAGUUUAACAAGUGUGACCUCAGUAAGUCUCAUGAUGAUGUGUGUGAGUGUAGCUUGUAGUUUUACACCAGCGACUGCCUCAGUGGUGCAGCAGAAAAGAUAUCAUCCAAAGGGACCUAAAGACACUGCUGUAAACCUCAAUGGAUACACAGUCCACACUGUGUUCGUGCCUUGCUUUGUUCUGGUAUUCUGUGAAGCCUCAGAUUUAACAUGUAUCACCACAUGGUCACAACACAGCAGCUCUCCAGCAGCUGUCUGUUGUUUUCGGAGCUCCUCCUUACCUGAUUUGUGAUCGGCUGUCAGUGCAUCGGCGAGCCAUCUUUAAAUUUUCCCUCCCGGGCCCCCCGAGAGGGGCACAGGAAUUCCUCAAAGGACCAAAAAGCUUUGAUGCAAACACGUGCAACCAGUGGGGCCGUGUCUAAUACCCUGUACCGUGACACGUGUGUAUUUACAUCCUCCCCAAGGACCUGAACUUGAACUUGCCUUAUACCAGCAUUCUUGACAAAAGAAAUUCACGUGCCCGAUCGUGUUUUUUAGAGCACACUGGCAGUUUGAGCUCAUGUAUUUGUAUUGCUUACAAAUGUGUGCCUUUUUUAACGACUUAUUUGUCCACAUUUUCACGUUGGUGCUAAUGAACGCAGUGUGUCUGCCUGUUUACAGUGAAUUGUAUGAGGGAUGUGGCAGUGUUACAUGCAGGUGAGGUUACACCUAACAAAGACGUUAUUGCAGUGUGGGUUAAUCUCCACUGAGAGGCCUUUACGUAGAGGAAGAGCUAGUGAAACUUUACAUAAGUAAUUUUACAUUUACCGACUAACAGUGCAGAUCAAGUGUGUAAAUAUAAUGUUCAUAAAUGUAAAUAUUUGUUCUUUACUGUUUUUUUUGGUAAUAAUGUCAGCGUUUUAGUUUUUGUUGUACACUCGAUUUUGCUGUACAUAAAUAAAUGGUUCUAUUUAUUUUAGAAUUGCUGCUCUCUGGUUUCAUUCUUUCGAAGACUCGUGUCUGGAUUUACUUUGAUGCCGUUUGUUAACAUUCAUAUCAUACCUGACUGUGUCUUUAAUUUUAAACCAGAUGCCUUCCUGUUUUCAUUUAAUUUCCACAAACUGUAAAGAAGACAAAGGGAAAACUAAACAAAGGAUAGAGAAAACAACAUGGCGGCUUACAGAUUGCUGGACAAGAUGUUGACUUGAAAUGUAGCCCAUGCACGAAAGUUUGAGAGCAAAAUAUGAGCAGAA